AGGUUAAAAACACAACAACAAAAACACAGGGACCUUUUAAGAGAGACUGACAUUUCUCUGCUCUGUCUCCACCCUCUCUCCAGUGCCAUCUCCAGACAGGAAGGGGUCACCGCUACAUCGUCAGCACAGGGAAAGAGCGGGACUCAUAAAAUUUGCCUGGUGUGCUCUGAUGAGGCGUCAGGCUGCCACUACGGCGUUCUCACCUGUGGCAGCUGCAAGGUGUUUUUUAAGAGAGCAGUGGAAGGGCAGCAUAAUUACCUGUGUGCUGGGAGGAAUGACUGCAUAAUUGACAAGAUCAGGAGGAAGAACUGCCCAGCCUGCCGUUUCCGCAAGUGUCUAAUGGCAGGCAUGAACCUGGAAGCGCGCAAAACCAAGAAGUUGAACCGCCUAAAGGGCGUCCUGCCGAGCAACCCACCCGAACCGACUCCUUCCCCGCCAGUUGAGGCUCGGUCCCUUGUACCCAAGUGCAUGCCUCAGCUUGUCCCCACGAUGCUGUCCCUGCUGAAGGCCAUCGAGCCAGACACCAUCUAUGCCGGCUACGACAGCACCCUGCCCGACACCUCCACCCGCCUCAUGACCACCCUCAACAGGCUGGGCGGCCGGCAGGUCAUCUCUGCUGUCAAGUGGGCAAAGGCUCUGCCAGGUUUCAGGAACUUGCACCUGGACGACCAGAUGACUCUGCUGCAGUGCUCCUGGCUCUUCCUCAUGUCUUUUGGUCUGGGCUGGAGGUCUUACCAGCAGUGCAACGGCAACAUGCUCUGCUUUGCACCAGACCUCGUCAUCAACGAGGAGCGGAUGAAGCUGCCCUACAUGGCCGACCAGUGUGAGCAGAUGCUGAAGAUUUCCAGCGAGUUUGUCCGGCUGCAGGUUUCCCACGACGAGUAUUUGUGCAUGAAGGUCCUGCUGCUGCUCAGCACAGUGCCAAAGGAUGGCCUGAAGAGCCAGGCGGUGUUCGACGAUAUCCGGAUGUCGUACAUUAAGGAGCUGGGGAAAGCCAUCGUGAAGCGCGAGGAGAACUCCAGCCAGAACUGGCAGCGUUUCUAUCAGCUCACCAAGUUGCUCGACUCCAUGCAUGAGGUACAGAGGCAAAAUGCAUGUUAUCAGGUUAUUGACUUCCUGCAGUCUGCAGCUUUCUUAAUCCUUAAACAGUGAUUCACUGCCUGUGAC